AACGCUGUUCUCGCGCCUAGGAGAGGUUCGGCUACGGCUUAAUUUGCUCAAUCGUCGACUUCGCUCGGAUUUCUCUCGGUAGAAACACAUCUAAGGACUAUUUGCACUCGCUGGCCGGGGCUGAAUUUAAGUUUUCAACCUCGCGACAGAUUUCGGUCCAAGUUUCCAUCAUCAUCUUCCUCCUGGAAGAGGACGCUUUUCGUCAUUUUUCUGUUUUAGAACACUGAGCUUGACUGAGACUUGUUGUGCCUAAUUCGGCCUUGAUUUCUCUUCGUUCCAACUUGUAAGAAGACGCGUGUGGGCCAGGCGCGUACAAAUCAUUGACUCUGUAAUUUUUGAAUCGCAUCCAACACAUUUCGGAUCAAGUCUCCACCUUUACGAAGAAGAGAUCAACAGUGCUUUUCAGCUUCACUCGAGUUCUAUUGAACCUCACCUCAGUCCUUGAUUUUCCUUAGUUCUUCGUUGGGAUACACAUCGAACGGAAUAGAAAGGUCCUCUGAACUCACAGAGGUUAGAGGUUUUGAACUGGAACUCACACAGAAAAAGGUCAAUUUUCCAAAAAGUGUCCGCGCUUUAAACGAGUUCCACUAGACUUGGUAAAACCCUCUAUCUGUCUUUAUUCUGCUGCGAGAGACACUUUUAUUACCCGUAAAAGUUCGCUGGACAGAGUUUUGAUUCGCGCCUCCCACAAACGGUUUGUCAAUCCUCUGCGCUUUCUUGGAUAAAACCCGAUUCAUUAUCUUUCAGUUUUAUGCCAGCUAAUUCAUGAAUUACACAGAGGACAGUGAACCUUCUAAAAUGGCAGAUUCGCACUUACCUGCUGUAGUCGCCAACAUUGUCAUCGCUGGCUUUCUGUGUUAUACCACCACUAUGAUGAACACUGUAACAAUCUACGCGCUGUGGAAAACCUCUUCAUUGUCAAAACCUUUGAAAACAUUGCUUUUAAGCCUUGCUGUAUCUGAUCUUGGUGCUGGCCUUCUGAGUCAGCCAAUGUACAUCGCCUACUUGGUUGAAAAGGAUUUACGAUCCAAGAAUCCUAAGACUCUUGACGAUUUUUCUACAAUCAUAUCCAACAUCCUUUUUUUAACUUCGUUUUGCAGCAUUACAGCCUUAAGUACAGACAGAUUCCUUGCCAUUCAGUGGCCUCUUCGUUACCAAGAAAUUGUGACCCACAGACGAGUACUGAUUCUUGUCAUGGCAAUAUGGCUAACCACUGUAGUCUUUAUACCGAUCGAUGUCCUCGUGAUAAGCCGAAAAUUUCCAAGUGUCUCUACCGCAAUUUUUUUCACCAUCCAUUCCCUGUCCUUUUUUACUUCCACAUUAACUUCUUUCAGGAUUUAUUUAACAAUUAGGCGUCAUAGCAUUCAAAUUCAGACUCAAACACAGCAUGUAACACAAAAUAACGGCCUGGUAAAUAUGGCGAGGAUAAAAAAAUCCGCUCAAAGCACUAUUUGGAUUUACCUCGUAUUUUGGGUUUGUUAUCUGCCCUACUUUUUUGUAUAUGUUUAUGUUUAUGUUGAAUCUAUUCCUCCACCUCGAGAGCUACUAAUGUUCACGGUGACUCUUGUACUUGUAAAUUCCGCCCUCAAUCCUGUCAUCUACUGCUGGAAGAUCAGGCAUUUUCGACCCUCCAUCCUAAGAAUCCUUCGAAAAAUAACUAAUCGCAACAACUUAGGCGAAAGAUCGGUUUACAGCUUUGACGGAUAAACAAAGAUGGAAAACUCUGCGACCUUUUUCGGAAAUAUUCUUACCAUCAUUUUUGUCUCGCUGCAUUCGAGGCAUUAAGGUUAAAUGGGGAUCUUAUCAGCCGCUUUUUGAAAAGAAGCCAAGGGAAGGCAAGAGAAACUUUUGACAAGUUCAGUUUGGGAGCCCUGACGAGGAAAUAUUUUAAAACCGAUAUACUUCUUUAAACGGGGAAGAUGACUCACAGAAAACAAGGUGAAACGUUCUCUUGUAUUAUUAACUCAGACAAAGAAAAAUUAAAAUAUUCAUCAACUUUUAAGCGUCAUGAACGAGAAGGUUAAAAGAGGACGAGGCAGCUGGUGAAUUAAAAACCGCAAAAUCGCAUGCAUUAAAGCAACGCGUACUUAACGAAAAGCAUAGGAGAAGGUGAAGUACAGUAAGGAGACGUUAAAAAGAACUAGAAGUAUGAAUUAAAUUGAAAAGGGGUGGGGUGAGGCUCUCAUGGCUGAAGAAAGUGAAGGGCCUCAGAAACGAUCAUAAGUCUAAAAGGAAAUCGACAAGACGAAAGUUGAUAUCUUAUAGGGUAUGUAC